UAAGUCAUGUUUAGGUCAGCCUUCUCUUCCACUGUCCAAGAAAAGUUGCUUGCUGGUUUACCUGUGGUAAGUACUUUUUUUUCUCCACUAUAAACCAACUCACUCAGCAUGCACUCUAAACGCCAGCUCCAGAAAGGGGAGCGUGGGGUGGUAAGCGAUUUCUCCAAGAACACAUAGCUCAAACAAGCGGGAGGGGAAGCGCGGACCGCAAGUGCCCGGUCUAUCCAGUUACUGUCCCAUAACCACCCGACCUUCUCCCUCACAACCCAGGGAUCGCGCAAGCAACGCCCGAGAGGUAAGAGCCAGGAAACGAGGAGAGGUGCCUUCCCGGCAUGCUCCGCCGCACCGAGGGGCGCCAGACGUAUCCCGGCGUGCCGCGGGGAGCGCCCCAGGGAGAGGGCUCCCGGCUCCUGGCGGGGUGUGCCAAGUGCAGCCGGGAGGUGUGAGCGUCCUUCGUUCCGCCCUCGCGGAUUCCUCCCGUCCCCGCUGACGGACGCCACGCUGGGACGCGCAAGUAGAGGAGGGCCUGGGACUCCUCCCUCCUCUCCGCGUGCAAACGACUUUGGGAGCCGCUUCGAGCGCGGUGCCAGGUGAGCAGCGGUUGGGGGCGGGCUCGGGGCCGGCACGUGACCGGAGCUGGCGGCCAAUGACGAGCCGGGGGUCCCGCCGCGCGAGGCUUCCCGGACCCGUGAGCGGCACGGCGCGUGGGCCGGCGGCCCCGGCAGGAUGGCAAGGCCAUUGUGACUGUGUUGACUGCAGUUAUUUCACUACUGAGUUUCUCAUUGGAGUCAUGGAGGAGAAACAGCAGAUCAUACUGGCUAAUCAAGAUGGUGGGACAGUAGCAGGAACAGCACCUACCUUUUUUGUCAUCCUGAAACAGCCAGGAAAUGGCAAGACUGAUCAAGGAAUUCUGGUUACUAAUCGGGAUGCCUGUGCUUUGGCUAAUAGGGUGUCACCACCAGGAAAAUCUAAAGGGAAGAUUUGCCUUCCGGCUGAUUGUACUGUGGGAAGAAUCACUGUUACACUUGAUAACAAUAGUAUGUGGAAUGAAUUUCAUCAUCGAAGCACAGAGAUGAUUCUGACCAAGCAGGGAAGACGCAUGUUUCCUUACUGUCGUUACUGGAUUACAGGAUUAGAUUCAAAUUUGAAGUAUAUUCUUGUCAUGGAUAUAUCUCCUGUGGAUAAUCAUCGUUACAAAUGGAAUGGUCGUUGGUGGGAACCUAGUGGGAAGGCUGAACCCCAUGUUUUGGGGAGGGUUUUUAUUCACCCAGAAUCUCCCUCUACAGGUCAUUAUUGGAUGCAUCAACCUGUAUCUUUUUAUAAACUGAAACUUACCAACAAUACACUGGACCAAGAAGGGCAUAUUAUCUUGCACUCUAUGCAUCGCUAUUUGCCAAGACUUCACUUGGUGCCUGCAGAAAAGGCCACAGAGGUGAUACAGUUAAAUGGUCCUGGUGUCCACACGUUCACCUUCCCACAGACGGAAUUCUUUGCAGUAACAGCUUAUCAGAACAUUCAGAUUACCCAGUUGAAAAUAGAUUACAACCCAUUUGCCAAAGGCUUUCGAGAUGAUGGACUGAAUAGUAAACCCCAGAGAGAUGGGAAACAGAAGACCAGUUCUGACCAGGAGGGGAAUAGUGUUUCCAAUUCUCCUGCUCCUCAAGUCUGUCCUACAGAAGGGGAGGGGCCAGAGAUACAACCCAGUGACUUGGAUCCUUUGUCAGGCAAGAGUUUGGAAAAGCCUUCUCCUAAUAUAAAACAAGACUUUUUUGGUUUCAUGGAAACUGAUUCAGCACUUGAAGUUUCUCAAUUGAAGCAAGAAGCUUCUGAAAGGUGGGGUAAUGGUUUUUCUAUUCUGAGUCUUAUUGCCAACAGUUUUGAUGAUGGCUCCCAUGUUGCCUCACCAGUAGAUCCAAAUGGAAACUUCAAUGUUGUCAUUAAAGAGGAGCCUCUGGAUGAUUAUGACUAUGAACUUGGGCAGUGCCCGGAAGGGGUCACUGUGAAACAGGAAGAGACAGAUGAAGAAACAGAUGUCUACUCGAACAGUGACGAUGACCCAAUACUAGAGAAACAGCUGAAGAGGCACAAUAAAGUUGGUGACCUGGGAGCUGACCAUCCGUCUUAUAAAUGGCUACCAAGUAGCCCAUCAGGUGUUGCAAAAGCUAAAAUGUUCAACUUAGAGGCAGGGAAGAUGCCAGUAGUCUAUCUGGAGCCCUGUGCUGUCACCAAAAACACAGUGAAGGUUUCUGAGCUGCCAGAUAACAUGCUUUCCAUGUCUCGAAAGGAUAAAUCAGAAUUAGAUUAUUUGCCUGCAUACAUUGAAAAUUCUGGUGGUACUGGGUUCUGUUUAAGCAAGGAAUCAGAAAAUGAUGUGAAACAUUCACCAGAUCUCAGAGUGGUGCAAAAAUAUCCAUUACUUAAAGAGCCCAAGUGGGAUUACCCUGUUGUAUUUGACAACAUCAACACAGAAGGAAUAUUGGAGAAUUCAAAGGAUUCAGCUCAGAACUUAUUUUCAGUGAAAGAGGACUUGGGCAGGAAGAGAACAGCUAUGCUUAAAAUUACAACCAAUCCAAAGGCUGUAAGUGCUCAGAAUGUCUCUCCAAAUAUCCCUGGAAAAAGAGGAAGGCCACGGAAAUUGAAACUCUCUAAGACAGGGAAAACACCCAAAAACACAGGAAGGUCUUUAGGUUCUACAAAGAAUAUCCCAGUAGGCUCUGGAAGUUCCUUUCCAGAUGUAAAGCCUGAUUUGGAAGAUGUGGAUGGUGUUCUGUUUGUUUCCUUUGAAUCAAAGGAAGCACUAGACAUUCACGCUGUUGAUGGGACAGCAGAAGAACCCUGUAGUCUACAGGCAUCAAGCACAAGUGACUCAGGUUGCAGAGCACGGAUUUCUCAGUUAGAAAAGGAUUUAAUAGAAGAUUUGAAGUCCUUGAGGCACAAACAAGUUAUACAUCCUGGUCUUCAAGAGGUGGGCUUAAAAUUGAGUUCAGUGGAUCCAACAAUGAGCAUUGAUCUUAAAUACUUGGGAGUACAGCUGCCUUUGGCUCCAGCUACUAGUUUUCCAUUUUGGAAUCUUACAGGAACCAACCCUGCCUCUCCUGAUACUGGGUUUCCCUUUGUUUCUAGGACAGGGAAGACCAACGACUUUACCAAGAUCAAAGGAUGGCGAGGAAAGCUUCAUAGUGCUUCCGCAUCUAGGAGUGAAGGUGGAAGUUCAGAAGGUUCACUGAAGAACCGUUCUGCUUUUUGCAGUGAUAAGCUAGAUGAAUACUUAGAAAAUGAAGGCAAACUGAUGGAAACAAGCAUGGGUUUCUCUUCCAAUGCUCCCACAUCUCCUGUAGUGUAUCAGCUUCCCACCAAGAGUACUUCUUAUGUGCGAACACUUGACAGUGUGCUAAAGAAGCAAUCUACCAUUUCCCCUUCUACCUCUUACUCUUUGAAACCUCAUUCUGUUCCCCCUGCCUCUCGAAAGGGAAAAUCUCAAAACAAACAGUCAGGAUUCGGUGGCCGAAUGAAGUCGUCUUAUAAAUCCAUUUUACCAUACCCUGUUUCUCCAAGGCAGAAACACUCUCAUGUGAUUCCAGGAGAUAAGAUUGCCAAGAAUUCUUCAAGCACUGUUUCAGAAAAUCAGGUGAAUAACUUUGUUGUGCCAACUUUAGAUGAAAAUGUAUUUUCAAAGCAAAUUAGUUUUCGGCAUGCACAACAACAGCCACAGCCACAGCCACAGGGAACUCGUCCUACAGGCUUGUCUAAAUCUCAGGUGAAGCUAAUGGAUCUGGAAGACUGUGCACUUUGGGAAGGAAAACCAAGGACUUAUAUCACUGAAGAGCGAGCAGACGUGUCUCUAACAACUCUGCUUACUGCUCAAGCGUCUCUCAAAACUAAGCCCAUCCACACAAUCAUAAAGAAACGAGCUCCCCCGUGCAACAAUGACUUCUGUCGACUGGGUUGUGUGUGUUCCAGUCUAGCUCUGGAGAAGCGCCAGCCUGCUCAUUGCCGUCGACCAGACUGUAUGUUUGGCUGUACUUGUUUGAAAAGAAAAGUUGUGCUUGUUAAAGGGGGAUCCAAAACUAAAUCUUUCCAAAGGAAAGCUACUCACCGAGAUCCAGUAUUUUAUGAUACUGUAGGAGAGGACAUAAAGGAAGAAGAAGAAGGAUUGAGGGAGGAGGAAGAGCCAUUGAAAGAGAAAAAGAAAAGAAAAAAGCUUGAAUACACUAUAUGUGAAACAGAGCCUGAACAGCCUGUUCGACAUUAUCCAUUGUGGGUGAAAGUAGAAGGUGAAGUAGAUCCAGAGCCGGUCUAUAUUCCCACGCCUUCUGUUAUCGAACCUGUGAAACCAUUGUUGUUGCCUCAGCCGGAAGUUUUACCUCCUACUGUGAAGGGCAAGCUGCUCACUGGAAUUAAACCUGCACGGACAUAUACUCCCAAACCCAAUCCUGUGAUUCGGGAAGAGGACAAAGAUCCAAUCUACUUAUACUUCGAAAGUAUGAUGACUUGUGCCCGAGUUCGAGUUUAUGAGCGCAAAAAAGAACAGAGACAGCCUUCCCUGUCCCCAUCCCCAACCCCAUUGUUUCCACAGCAGAGUUCAAGUCAUGCUAGUCCUGAAAACCACAAUGCAAAGGAACCUGAUUAUGAACAGCAGAACUUAAAACAACUUUCUUGUGACCUGGAAGAGGAUUCUGAUAAAUCACAAGAAAAGAGUUGGAAGUCUUCCUGCAAUGAAGGGGAAUCCUGUUCUACCUCUUAUGUGCAUCAGAGUUCACCUGGUGGGCCCACCAAAUUGAUAGAAAUCAUCUCAGAUUGCAACUGGGAAGAGGAUCGGAACAAGAUUUUGAGCAUCUUGUCCCAACACAUCAAUAGCAACAUGCCACAGUCACUUAAGGUGGGCAGCUUCAUCAUUGAGUUGGCUUCUCAGCGAAAGAGCCGGGGUGAGAAGAACCCUCCUGUUUAUUCUUCCCGUGUGAAAAUCUCUAUGCCAUCAUGUCAAGACCAAGAUGAUAUGGCUGAGAAAUCUGGAUCAGAGACUCCUGAUGGUCCAUUGUCCCCUGGGAAAAUGGAUGAUCUCUCUUCUGUACAGACAGAUGCUCUGGAUUCAGUGAGGGAGAGAUUACAUGGAGGCAAAGGCCUGCCUUUUUAUGCAGGGCUUUCGCCUGCGGGGAAGCUUGUGGCUUAUAAACGUAAACCCAGUUCAAGCACAUCUGGGCUUAUCCAGGUUAAUGGUAAGAGUUACCCGCAGGCUAAGUUGCUAUUGGGACAGAUGGGGGCAUUGCAUCCAGCCAAUAGGCUAGCUGCUUAUAUCACAGGCAGGUUGCGACCCUCAGUCCUGGACCUCUCAACCCUCAGUACUGUCAUCUCCAAGGUAGCAUCCAAUGCCAAGGUGGCUGCAUCCAGGAAACCACGCACCCUGCUGCCUUCCACAUCCAAUUCCAAAAUGACAUCUUCCACCAGCACCACAACAAAUCGCCCUGCGAAGAAUCCAAAGGCGUUUGUCCCAGCAAAAAGGCCAAUUGCGGCUCGACCCUCUCCUGGUGGUGUGUUCACACAGUUUGUGAUGAGUAAAGUUGGAGCCUUGCAGCAGAAGAUACCUGGAGUUAGCACACCCCAACCCCUGACAGGCCCACAGAAGUUCAGUAUCAGACCUUCUCCAGUAAUGGUCGUCACACCUGUGGUUUCUUCUGAGGCAGCUCAGGUGUGCAGCCCCGUGACUGCUGCUGUCACUACUACUACCCCUCAAGUGUUUUUAGAAAACGUUACUGCUGUGACACCUAUGACUGCUGUUUCUGACGUGGGAACUAAAGAAACAACUUACUCUUCUGGUGCCACCACUCCAGGGGGUGUUGAGGUCUCUGAAACUAAUACCAACACCCCUGUAACAUCUACCCUGUCUACAGCCACUGUGAACCUUACCAAAACUACUGGGAUAACUACCCCUGUGGCUUCAGUUGCUUUUCCUAACUCUUUGGUAGCAUCUCCUCCAACCAUAACUCUUCCUGUUGCUUCCACUGCCUCCACCUCCAUAGUCAUGGUGACCACAGCUGCAUCUUCCUCCAUGGUGACCACACCAACUUCAUCUCUGGGCUCUGUUCCUAUUUUACUCUCGGGAAUUAAUGGGAGUCCACCAGUGAGCCAGAGACCAGAAAAUACCCCUCAGAUUCAAGUGACUAAUCCACACGUGUCUCCUAACACAGUGAAACGAACUGGACCUCGACUGUUGCUAAUUCCGGUCCAGCAGGGUUCUCCUCCUGUGAGACCUGCUGUUCCAAACACACAGCUUCAGGGACAGCGGAUGGUCCUACAACCAGUUAGGAGUCCAAGUGGAAUGAAUCUUUUCAGACACCCUAAUGGGCAGAUUGUCCAGCUCCUACCUUUACAUCAGCUUCGGGGAUCUAACAUCCAGCCCAACUUGCAGCCUGUCAUGUUUCGGAACCCAGGAUCAGUGAUGGGAAUCCGAUUACCUGCUCCUUCCAAACCUUCGGAGACUCCACCAUCUUCUGCUUCAUCCUCUACUUUCUCUGUUGUGAAUCCUGUUAUUCAGGCUGUUGGAUCUUCCCCAGCAGUAAAUGUUAUCACUCAGGCACCAUCAGUGCUUUCCUCUGGACCUAAUUUUGUAUCUCAGGCUGGCACAUUGACCCUGAGAAUUUCUCCUCCUGAACCACAAAGCUUUACAAAUAAAACAGGAUCAGAAACCAAAAUAACCUAUAGUUCAGGAGGGCAGCCGGUUGGUACAGCCAGUCUCAUUCCUCUCCAGUCUGGUAGUUUUGCCUUGUUGCAGCUUCCAGGACAAAAGUCUGUUCCUAGUUCCAUUCUUCAACAUGUGGCUUCCCUUCAGAUGAAGAAGGAACCCAUGAAUGCUGACCAAAAAGAUGAAGCACAUUCUGUAAAAAGAGAACCCGAAACUAAGAAGGUUCUGCAGUCUGAAGGAGAGGCUGUAGACUUUGAGGCUAAUGAAAUUAAGCAAAACUUAGCAGCUACUGCUGCCUCAGAAGAAACCCUGAAUGAUUCCUUGGAAGAAGGAGGUGCUCAAGUGGAUGAUGAAUUGUUAACAGAAGCAGGUCCUGCAACUAUGAAGUCUUCUGAGCACUCGUGUAGCACUGGGUCACGCGUAGAAGACUCUGAAGAUAUUAAUGAACGUGGGACUAGGAAUCAUAGCAUUUCCAAAGAAAAAUCAAAUCUUAAGAGGCAGUUUCAAAAGCUUAGAGACGUGAAGGUGGAGCAGCAGAAAGAAUUUAACAAUUUAGAGGGAAAGUUGAAAGAAUUUCCAGUUGUCUCUAAGGAAGAAAAUAAAUGUGAAUUAUCAGGGAGCAGAGUUGUGGAACAGCAGUGUAAUACACAGCCUGAGGCCAGUGAGAAGGAGUGUGGAGACUCUGUAGAGAAGGACAGUAGUAGGGAGAGAUGGAGGAGACACUCGAAGGGCUCCUUUAUCUGGAAGAAUGCUGAAACAUCACGAGAAUGUAAGAAAGAGGCAGAGGAACAGUUAAUUGAAGCAAAGACGUGUCAACAGAAUUCAGAUGUGUUUCAGCAAGCACAAGGCAACUCUGACUUACUUGCAAGAAAUGCAACUGCUGAGAAUGCCAGAGGUUUAAAAACUGAAGAUGAUUCUUGGACUAAGAUUUCUAAGGCUGCAGCCUUCUCCAUUGUUCCUCGGAGAGCUGUAAAAGGCAGCAGAGGGAACGGACGUGUCCAGGGUCACCUACAACUACGAGGAAAGCAGAUACAACCAAAGCAAGCGAAGAAGGGUGGGAGAAGCAGUGCUGACUACCCUGUUUUGGAUUUGCAAGAGGAUGAGGAAGAUGAAAAUGAGAAAACUGAUGAUUCUGUUGAUGAAAUUGUGGAUGUUGUUUCUGGCUACCAGAGUGAGGAGGUUGAUGAUGUAGAAAAGGUGAGUAACUCUGUAGAAUGCAUUGAGGAAGAUGAGGAACAGGUGGACAUUGAGACCAUAGAAGAGCUUCCACAAGAAGUUAGUGUUGUCCACAAGAAGACCACAGCUACUCAUCCACAGUCAUCCAAACAGCCGUGCCGUACUACUAUCUCUGCAGAUGACAAACCUGGUGAACGGAGUCGAAAGGCUCCGUCAGCUCCUCUCAAACCGAAAACUGAUUACUGGAGUGAAAAACUACAGAAAGAAGCUGAAGCUUUUGCUUAUUACCGCCGGACACACACUGCCAAUGAGCGGCGGCGACGUGGAGAGAUGAGGGAGCUCUUUGAGAAAUUGAAGAUGACAUUAGGAUUACUUCAUUCUUCAAAAGUUUCUAAAAGUCUCAUACUUACUCGGGCCUUCAGUGAAAUUCAGGGACUAACCGAUCAGGCAGACAAAUUGAUAGGACAGAAAAAUCUCCUUACCCGAAAACGGAAUAUUCUGAUACGGAAAGUAUCAUCGCUUUCAGGUAAGACAGAGGAAGUGGUCCUGAAGAAGCUAGAGUAUAUUUAUGCAAAACAACAAGCACUAGAGACACAAAAGAGAAAAAAGAAGAUGGGAUCAGAUGAGUUUGAUGUGUCUCCCAGAAUUAACAAUCAGCAGGAAGGAUCUUCUACAUCUGUAGAUCUUGGACAGAUGUUUAUAAAUAACAAGAGGGGAAAACCUUUGAUUCUUUCCAGAAAAAAAGACCAGGCCACAGAAAAUGCCUCACCUUCUAACUCCCCACACUCCUCUGCAAACCUCGUGAUGACUCCUCAAGGACAACUGCUCACAUUGAAAGGCCCCAUGUUCCCGGGACCAGUGGUAACUGUCUCUCCUGCUCUCUUGGAAGCUGAGCUAAAGCCUCAGCUUCCCAACAGUGAUGUAGCUCAGUCAGAAAAUGAUGACUUAUUUAUGAUGCCACGAAUUGUUAAUGUGACGUCACUGGCCACAGAAGGAGAUUUGGUAGAUAUGAAUGGCUCUAAAUAUCACCGUGAAGUUGCUGAUAGCAAGCCACUCGACCACCUGAAAGAUUCUGUCAGGAAUGAAGAUAACUCCUUAGACGAUUUGAGUAGAAUCUCUUCCAAAGGAAAUCAUAGAGAUGGCAGAAUGGUAUUGAGUCCAACGCAGGUUUUUCUGACAAAUAAAGAUUCUGGUUUUCCACAAAUAGUUGACAUUUCCAAUGCGCAGGAAGUUCAGGAGUACUUACCUAAAAAGAAUUCUGGUGACAUAAGAGGAAUUCACUGUAAAUGGAAAGAGAAUGAAUCAAGAGGAGAGAGAUUAAAGUUAAAGGAGUCUCCAUUUUGUAAGUUAAAGAUGAAAGAGCUAAAGGACUCCAGCAUAGAGAUGGAGCUGAGGAAAGUAGCAUCAGCCAUAGAGGAGGCAGAACUGGAUUCUGGUGAACUGCUCACAAACCUGGAAGAUGAGGAUGAUACUGAUGAGACACUGACAUCACUGCUCAAUGAGAUUGCCUACCUUAAUCAGCAACUAAAUGAUGACUCUGUUGCUAUGGCUGAAUUGCCCAGCUCUGUGGAUACGGAGUUCUCAGGGGAUGCUCGGCGGGCUUUUGUCAGUAAAUUUCCUGCAAACAGAGCAACUUUCCAGGUUGGCCACUUUGGGCCUAGUUUGAAAGAGUUACCUGAUGUGCAAGGAGAGAGCGACUCCAUAAGUCCUCUCCUCUUGCAUUUGGAAGAGGAUGACUUUUCUGAGAGUGAAAAACAACUUGCAGAACCAGCUUCUGAGCCAGAUGUCCUGAAGAUUGUUAUUGACUCUGAAAUAAAGGAAUCCCUCCUUUCUCACAGGAAGGCUAGUGACGGAGGAAAGAAUACUUCUGGCCUUGCUGCAGAGUCUGAGAGUAUAUCCUCACCCCCAAUCCUGCAUAUGAAGGCUGGCCUGGAGAACAGCAGCAGUACGGACACUUUGUGGAGGCCUAUGCCAAAGUUGGCCCCUUUAGGUUUAAAAGUAGCUAAUCCUUCUAAUGAUGGAGAUGGUCAAAGUCCAAAGGUGAUGCCUUGUUUGGCACCUGUAGCUGCCAAAGUUGGGUCAGUUGGAAAUAAAAUGAACCUAACAGGGAGUGACCAGGAAGGCCGGGAGAGCAAAGUGAUGCCAACAUUGGCACCUGUUGUGACUAAAUUGGGCAACUCUGGAGCCUCCCCAGCUUCUGCAGGGAAAUGAGAGUGUUUAUCUUCAAGCAGAAGCCAGGUUGUAAGGGGAAACUGAGUCUCACUUUUCUCUGCAGGCAUCUGUUUAUUUGUCAUAGAAUAGUGAUUCUUUCAUGAUGCAGUGAAUGACAAAGAGGGUAGGGUGCUGACCCUGGUGUAAGAAAUAUGAAGAAAUUCAGAUCAUGUUAUUUGUGUUACCUCACUUGUGGUGCUGGGUCCCCUCAUGCUAAGAUCCAUUAUUGAACUUGAGGUGCCCACUUGCCCAAGGAAGUCCUAACAAGAUUUUGGCUCCAUAGUGAUUCCUAGUCCUCUCUGAUCUGCC